UCUCUAAUCGCUCUCGCGAUACUUUGAUGUCGUACACAGAAGCGCUGCACACUUUUACUUUCGUUUCGUAGAUUUGGCUUGCUUUUCGUUCCAUUGAAUUAAUUUUCUUUCUUUUUUCCAGACGAAGAGUGAUGAAAAUGAAUUCUAUACUUUUGUGGAAGUUGUGUGUUUUGGUCGUGCUUAUUGGUGUUUAUGUUGUUGGUGUAGAUGAAGUGUUUGUGAUGGAGGGAGAUCCAGUCACUCUAGACACUGAUGUUACAACAAACCAACAAGAAGAUAUUAAAUGGUAUUUCAACAGCACUCGCAUCGCACAUAUCAAUGUAGUUCUCCAUUAUAUCUGUACAGAUGUUCAGUGUAAUAAAGGUACUGAGAGAUUCAGAGACAGACUGAAGCUGGAUCAUCAGACUGGAUCUCUGACCAUCACAAACACCAGAACCACAGACUCUGGACUCUAUCAUCUAGAGAUCAUCAACAGUGGCAGUGACUCUGAAAAGAUCUUCAAUGUUACUGUUCAUGGUGUUUCUGCUGCCGAACGAGAUGAAAUGAAGGGAAAGUCAGUGAAGGAGGAAGAAUCUGAUUCAGGUCCGUCUACAGCUGCUGUAGCAGGAAUAUGUGUUGGUGCUGUUAUGUUGUUCGUGGCUGCAGCUGCUGGUGGUGUGAUUUACUAUCGCAAGCAUCCUCAAGCAGGGGAAUAUGGAACAGGAAUCAGGAAGCAGCACAGUAAUCAGGAGAAUGGUGUUACGUACACCUCCGUUAAUCUUGCUGACAAUGGAUCGGAGCCUGCUGCUUCUGAGCUGUCCCAUAAUGGAAAUGUGAACACCAGUGAGACAUCAGGAUGAUGUUGAGUUAAAGGGGUCAUAUGAUGCUGCUAAAAAUAACAUUAUUUUGUG